AUGGUGUCGAUCCGUUUCACAACGGGCGUCGUCGUUGUCUCGGCCCUUUCCGCAGGCUGUCUCGCCCAGGUCUUCACGGUCAACUGCGCGCCGCUGACCUUUUUCCGCGGAGAUCCCAUCGUCUCCCCCGGCGUCAUCUCUUCCCACGUACACGCCGUCGUUGGCGGGACCAGAUUUGCUCUCGACUUGUCCAACGAGCAGGCUCGCAACGCCAAAGCCACGACCUGCGACAAGUCUCUCGACAAGAGCAACUACUGGCAGCCGCAGCUGUACCACCAGAGGCACGAUGGGAAGUUUGAGCUGGUUGAGAUGCAGGGCAUUGCUGCCUACUACAUCGAUCGAGCUUGCGACUAUGCGCCCGGCAGAAGCAACUGCAAAAACUCACCACACGCCAGGGCGCCCCCCAAGGGGCUGCGCAUGGUUGUCGGAGAUCCAGCUCUGAGAUCGUACAACCACUCGAACCCGGAGCAGAGGGCCAUCUCGCACGUCUGCUUGGGCGCGAAUGGCGGCGACACGCCCUACCUGCCCGCCCGGCAGUGCGAUCGCAUGAGGGCCGAGACCUUCUUCCCUUCCUGCUGGGACGGCAAGAACCUGGACAGCCGCGACCACAAGAGCCAUAUGGCCUUCCCGGCCAUCGGCGACUACAACACGGGCGUAUGCCCGCAAUCCCACCCCGUGGCCGUGCUCUCGGUGUUCUUCGAGUUCUUCUACAACACGGGAGCGGUCAAGGACUUCAACCGCUGGGUCUGGGCCAUGGGCGACCCCACUGGCUACGGCCUGCACGGCGACUUCCUCAACGGAUGGGCGGACCAGGGCGCGCUCGACCGCGCCGUCGAGACUUGUACGGGCCCCAACGGCGUCAACGACGCCCGCUGCAGCCUGAACGUCGGUCCCGACGGGCCCGGCCACUCGCGGCGCCAGCCAGUCGAGGUGUCGCCUCCCCAGGAGGAGGUUGGAUUCAACGGUCCUCUGCACAAGUUGCCCGGCGACAACCCGAUAACCGGACACCCCGUCCAGUGA